AUGGAAAGGCCAAUCCCCAUAGCCAUCAUUGGCAUGAGCUGCCGCCUCCCAGGCGGCGCCAACAGCCCUGAGCAACUAUGGGACAUGCUGUACGAGGGUCGCAGCGGCCAUGGCCCCGUCCCACCCACAAGAUGGAACGCAGACGCUUUCUACCACGCCGACCCCAACGCUCGCGAGUCAGUGCCCUUCAAGCACGGCUACUUCCUGCGAGAUGACAUCUCGGCCUUUGACGCUCGAUUUUUCCGCAUUCCGCCGCGAGACGCCAACGGCAUGGACCCGCAGCAGCGGUUGUUGCUCGAGGUGACCUACGAGGCGCUCGAAAACGCGGGCAUGCGGCUCGAAGACAUACGGGGCUCAAACACCGCGGUGUAUAUAGCCGAGUUUGCUCGAGACUAUGACCGCAUGAUGUCAAAGGACGUGCCCAAUGUGCAUAAGCUUCAUGUGCUCGGCGGGGGAGACGCGAUCCUCGCCAAUCGGAUAUCAUAUCUCUUGGACUUGAAGGGGUCCUCGUUCGUGCUCGACACAGGAUGUUCCGGCAGUAUGGUCGCUGUGCACCAAGCGUGCCAAGCGAUCCGCAACGGGGAGACCAGCAUGGCGAUUGCGGGUGCCUGUCAGCUCGUCCUCCACCCCGAUCAGUCCAUGUACAUGAGCCAGAUCAAUAUGACAAACCCCGACGGCCAAUGCUACGUCUGGGACGACAGGGGCAGCGGAUAUGGCCGUGGUGAGGGAGCCGGCAUCAUUAUCCUCAAACGUCUCGACCAUGCCAUUCGGGACAACGACACAGUCCAUGCCAUCAUCGCCAACACUGGCAUAAACCAGGACGGCAAGACUGCAGGCAUCUCCCUGCCCAACGGCGAGGCGCAGGCCGCUCUCGCCAAGUCGGUGUACGCUGCAGCUGGAUUUGAUCCUGCCGAGACGCUUUACGUCGAGGCGCACGGCACUGUAAGCUUUACUGACUGUAUCUAUGUAGGUGAUAAGGAAGAGAUUGCGUCCAUAUACGACACGUUCUGCAACGGCGUUGAUCGGCGCCGAAACGUGAGAGUAGGCUCUAUCAAGGCCAAUAUCGGACAUCUCGAGUGUGCAAGCGGUAUCUCGGCGUUGAUCAAGUCGGUCAUGAUCCUAAAGAAGGGCCAUGUCCCUGGCAACAUUAACCUCAAGACCGUCAAGCCAUCAAUUGCAAAGUUUAUGGGGGGUUCACUAGAACUGCCAAUGACAACAACUCCGUUUGCCGAUCCUGACUACCACGGACCGCGUCGAGUCUCAAUCAGUGGGUUUGGAUACGGUGGAACAAACGCCCACGCCAUUCUUGUUGCAGCUGAUUCAACUGAUUACACUUCUGACGCCCCCAAUGGUGCCAGCAACACUUCAGAAAACACCGCUACAGUGGAUCAAGCAACCACAAAAGAGUAUCCGCACCUGUUUGUCCUCGCUGCUGCCUCUGAGGUGUCCUUGUCGAGCAUGACGGCCAAGCUCGGGCGUUGGCUGGCAGACCACAACCCCGGUCCAGCGAAGUUGUGUGAUCUAGCAUACACGCUCGGCGCUCGGCGAUCGACAUACAACUGGCGGACGACAGUGACCGCGGCUAACGCAGAGGCUCUGAUAAAACAGCUCGCACUGUCAAAAGCAAUCAAGCCCCCCGCCGUAGAGCCGAAUGUGACGUUUGUCUUCACGGGGCAAGGUGCACAGUGGUACGCAAUGGGACGGGAGCUCCUGCAGUCGUCCGGCCGCUUCUGGGAGUCCGUGCAGCACUCUUCGAGAUUGCUUCUGGAAUGGGGGAGUCCCUGGACUCUCGUCGAAGAGCUGCUCAAAUCCGACGAAGUGUCGAGGCUGAAUGAGAGUGAGCUGGCGCAGCCUGCUACCACGGCCAUCCAGAUUGCGCUCGUGGACUUGCUGCAGACUUUCGCGGUCGUACCGCAACGGGUAUGCGGCCAUAGCUCUGGCGAGAUUGGGGCGGCCUACGCUGCAGGCGCUCUCAGCCAUGACGCUGCUCUAAGAGUAUCUUACCUUCGCGGCAUCGUCUCAAGAAAAGCCAAAGACUCGAACCCCACCCGAGGAUCUAUGCUCUCUGUUGGCCUAGGCGAAGAUGCAGUCAGGUCAUAUGUCAAGCUGGCCACCGACGGCAAGCUCGUUACAGCUUGCAUCAACAGUCCUGAGAGCACGACCAUUUCUGGCGAUGAAAGUGCCAUCGAUGCCCUCGCUGCCGUACUCGCUGACAAAGGCAUCUUCAACCGGAAGCUCAAGGUGGAUACGGCCUACCACUCACACCACAUGCUCGCGGUUGCCGACGAGUACUUACAGGCUCUGGAGGCUGCUGGGUUGUCAGAGAUGCCCGCAAGCGGGACAACAGUAUUCUUUUCGUCUGUGACUGGUGAGCGGAAGGUUGACGGCUUUGGCCCUUCGUACUGGGUCCAAAACCUGGUUUCUCCCGUGCAGUUUGAUAAGGCUGUAGCAGCAGCUGCAGAAGACAUUGUCAGUUCACCAGCCUCAGAGACGGGUCAGACUCCUACCAACGUCUUCGUCGAGAUUGGUCCCCAUGCGGCGCUCAAAGGCCCAGCUCGACAGGUCCUCGCCGUCAAACCGGGCGCCUCCUUUAAACACAUCUACGUCUCACCGCUUGUGCGGAAGCAAAAUGCCCUUGAAUCGACCCUGGAUGUGGUAGCCAAGCUCUUCGAAAGCGGCAGUAGCACUCUCAACAUGGCCGCGGUGGCCAGCCUCCACUCCGCUACCUCCUCGCUCCCACGACUCAUCGCUGACCUGCCUCCCUAUGCUUGGGACCACACGUCCAGGUACUGGCACGAGUCCCGCCUCAGUCGCGACCACCGCCUCCGCAAGUUCCCAUACCAUGAUCUGCUCGGCGUGCUCGACGUCAUGAGUGACUCACUGACACCACGCUGGCGACACCACAUUGAUCCCGAGUCCCUUCCCUGGAUCCGUGACCACGUGGUGGAUGGAUUCAUCCUAUUCCCCGGAACAGGCUACAUCAGCAUGGCGAUCGAGGCCCUCAAACAAGUCAUUGAGCUCCGCGGCAUGCCGGGAACGCCGAGCAGGUUCCUCUUGCGCGAUGUCAAGUUCAUCAAGCCCCUGAUCAUCCCACAGCCCGCGGCCAACGAGGAGAAGCAGCAAGUCGAGGUUCACCUCACGCUUGUGCCUGAAAGCGUCGCCACCGCGGACUCUACCAAAGGCUCAGUCGCCUGGCAGGUCUUCCGCGUGACUUCGUACGACAGGCUCAGCUCCCUGUGGACUGAGCACUGCAGCGGGCGCAUCAGCGCGGCCAUGCAGCGCCCUUCGGCCGAGUUUGAGGUCGACGCCGGGCUCGCGGCUGCGGAUCUGGCAGUGCUCGAGCAGACGCGAGCCCGGGCGAGCGACGUGCGCGAUCCGUCGCAGUUCUAUGCCCGCCUGGCCGAGUCGGGAAACGCUUUCGGUCCGACGUUUAGCUGCAUGACCGAGCUUGUGCUCGGCGACCACGAGUCGUACGGCAGGGUGGUCGUCCCUGACAUUGCGAGCACCAUGCCCGCAAAGUACCAGCUGCCACAUGUGGUCCACCCGGCCACGCUCGACGCGCUGAACCACCUGGCCGCGGCCAUGUACCAGCGUCAUUGCGGCAACCAGCCCUUUGUCGCCGCGGGUAUCGAUGAGAUUACCAUUUCGGCUGGCAUGAGCAGCCUUCCAGGCACGGAGCUCGUGAUUGCUGGCAAGAUGGAAAGCAGGACGAAAAGGUCUGCCUCUGGCACUACUCGCGUGUUUCAGCGAAAGGCCGAUCAGAACAACGAGGAAGCCGUCGAGCCGAUUCUCACACUUCAGGGCUGGAGGCUGCAGGCAGUCGGUGAGGCCAAGCGCCCUGAGAACGAAGAGGUUCCCUUUUCCAGAAGCAUGACCUACCGCAUGCAGUGGCGACCCGAUGUCGACAAUCUCACAAACGAAGCCUUCAACGCUCAACUGGCCGAGAAGAGUCUGUACGCUGUGGGCUACUCGCCAGACUGCGGACCCCUCGAGACGACGUUUCUGCACGAGUCGGCGGCCUUCAUAUACAUCAAGCGGGCCGUCGAGCAGAUCGAGAAGAAGGGACUCAGCAUCGACACCUCGUCACCGCAUCUUGCCAAGCUGUACAAGUGGAUGCACGCGCUGGUGCAGCCGGGAAACGAGCACAUGAUCCCCAUCAUCCCAGACAAGAUCGACAUUCCCAGAUUACCUCCUCCUGCCACCAGCCCCGAGGAGAAGAAGGUGCGGGAAGACUUCAUCCUCGCCCGCGACGCCCUUACCGGCGCCCAGGGUGCGAUGCUCGAGCGGAUCGGCACCCAGCUCGAGAGCAUCCUGACCGGCAGCGUGGCGUCGCUGACGCUCAUGUUCCGCGACGACCUGCUCGAGCGGCUGUACUCGGAGGACAUGAUGGCCUCGUCGUACGCACAGAUGGCCGAGUACGUCCGCCUGCUGGCGUUCAAGAACCCGCGGAUGCGCAUCCUCGAGAUCGGCGCGGGGACGGGCGGCGCCACGCUGCCGCUGCUCAACGCGCUGCAGGAUCCCGUCGAUGGUCCGCUGUUUGGGCGCUACUGCUACACGGACAUUUCGUCGGGCUUCUUCGAGAAGGCACGCGUCAAGUUUGGCAAGUGGGAGGACAGGAUGGACUUCCGCACGCUCGAUGUGUCAAGGGAUCCUGCCUCGCAGGGCGACUUUGGCGAGGCCAGGUUUGACCUCAUCGUGGCUGCGAAUGUGCUGCAUGCUACGCCGCUGCUGGACGUCACGGUCGACAACUGCCGCAAGCUGCUCAAUACUAACGGGCGCAUGAUUCUGAUGGAGGUCAGCCGCCUGACCUUGGCACUCAACGCCAUCUUUGGCACGCUGCCGGGCUGGUGGAUGAGCGAGGAUGGGAGAGAGAACACGCCUACGGUUCCUGUGCCGGUGUGGGAUGGGAUCCUGAGGAGGCAGGGUUUUGCUGGCGUCGAGAUUGCAGCGCCUGACCGCCAGGACGAGACUGCCAGCAUGACCGCGAUGGUCCUAUCGCCACCGCAGCAGUCCAUCACAGUCCUGCUAGGCCACGACGACAGCCACACAGCUUCUUCUCCUGCCGAUAGUAUAUCUCGUGCAUUCACCUCAAGAGGUAUUGACUGCAAGGUCGAGCACCUCGGACAAGCCACCAUCGUUGAUGGAGGCAGCUACAUCCUGCUUGACGCCGCAGAGCACCCGGUCCUCAAGGAGCCCAGCCCCGAGGGUUUCGCAUCAUUCCAGAGCCUCGUCACCGUUGCCAAGAACGUGCUCUGGGUGGGUUUCCAUAGCACCGGCGAGUCUGCCAACGUGACGGCCAUCAAGGGCAUGGUCAACGGCUUCGCUCGCGUGAUUCGCAACGAGAACUCGUACAUCAACCUCCUCACGCUGGACGUCCGCGGUACCAUCCCCGAUGCGAACGAUAAGGACGAUGCGGCUGCCGUGUCCCGCCAGAUCGCCAGCAUCGCAUCCCAAAGCUUCUGGCCGUCAUCGUCGUCAUCAUCAUCAGGAGACACCACUGCUGAGCCCGAGCACGGCCGGGAACUCGAGUUCGCGCUGAGCGCCAACGCGGACCGGCGGAUCCUGAUCCCCCGCGUCCGCGUGGACGACAAGUUCAACAGCUGGGUCGCGAGCACGCGGCCUGAGCACGCCAAGACGACGCACCUGCACCGCUUCCACGACACCUCGCGCGCGAUCAAGCUCGAGCCCGAGGUCCCGGGGCUGCUCAACACGCUGCGCUUCGUGGAUGACGAGGUCGCGGCCACGCCGCUCGAGCCGUACCAGAUACGCGUGCGGCCCGUCGCGUACGGCGUCAACUUCAAGGACGUGUUUGUCGCCCUCGGACAGGGCCCGCCGGGUGCCAUCAUGGUCGGCGAGCAUGCAGGCGUGGUGACCGAGGUCGGUGCUGACAUGCUGGACCGGUAUGCGGUCGGCGAUCGCGUCGCGGGCAUGGGCGCCGAGGCGAUGGCCAACUGUCCGCGGCUGCACGGGCUGAACGCGCACAGGCUGCCCGAGAGCAUGAGCUUUGUGGAUGGCGCCUCGGCGACAGUGGUUUUCUGCACGGCGUGGUACUGCUUGGUGACUGUGGGAAACCUGCAGAAGGGGGAGAGUAUUCUGAUCCGGCACUCCGGCUCGGGCGGUGUUGGCCAAGCAGCCAUCCAAAUCGCGCAGUAUCUCGGUGCCGAGGUCUACACGACAGUCGGCAGCGCGGCCAAGAAACAGCUCGUAAUGGAAGCCUACGGCAUCCCAGCAAGCCACGUCUUCUCCUCCGGGUCCACAACCUUCAAGGACGGCAUCCUGACGCAGACGGGCGGCCGGGGUGUCGACAUGGUGCUCAACUCGCUGGCGGGCGAGCAGCUGCGCGCCAGCGUCGAGUGCGUCGCCACGUUUGGCAAGUUCAUCGAGAUUGGCAAGGCCGACAUCUACAAGAAGACGAACCUCGGCAUGGCGUGCUUCGACAAGGGCAUCACCUUUGUGGCGGUCGAUUUCGUGCUCAUCGUCUUCCAGCGGCCUCAUCUCGUGCACGAGGCGCUCAAGGAGGUGUACGCGCUCUUCGAGAGGGGCGUAUUUCGGUCCAUCACGCCGGUCACGACCUUGCCGAUGGCGAGGGUCGAGGAGGCGUUCCGCAUGAUCGCCAACCGCGAGCACACGGGCAAGCUGGUCAUGCUGGCUGGGGAUGACGACAUGGUGAAGGCUGUUGUCCCGGCGCCUUCUCCGCUGACACUUGACAGCAACGGCACUUAUGUUGUCGUCGGUGGGCUUGGUGACCUUGGGCGACGAGUAUGCCUGCUUCUCGCCCGCGGCGGAGCAGGUUGUGUGGUGACAUUGUCGAGGAGCCUCCCUGCCGAGGAGGAGCUUGAGAGGUUCAGGCAAGAGGUUGCGAGCGAGGGCAAGGAGUGCCGCUUCGUGAAUAUGCUAUGCAACGUCUCGGAUGCUGCUGCCGUCAAGGCGAUUGCUGAGCAGCUGCAGUCCGACUCGUCCCCUGUCCGUGGUGUUGUGCACUCGGGUCUCGCCCUUGCGGACCGCCCGAUUGAGCUCAUGACCCACGCCGAGUACAUGACAGCCGUCUUGCCAAAAGUCCACGGCACCCUCAACCUCCAGGACGCCUUUGGCUCUGACACUCUCGACUUCAUGAUCCUCCUCUCGUCGUCGACUGGCAUCCUCGGCAUGAAGGGCCAGAGCAACUACGCGGCAGGCAACACCUUCCAGGACGCCUUUGCCAACGCGCACAACGCCCAGUCCAGCCACACGCGCUACGUGUCACUCGACAUUGGCGCCAUUGCCGGCUCGGGCCACGUCUCGCGGCUGCCGCUGCAGGGCGUCGAGAUGCAGAAGCAGAACAUUCUCUUCAUGACCUUUGGCGAGGUCGUCAUGCUACUCGAGUACGCAAUGGGCCCGCUCGCCGUGAAGGACGACUUCUCGCACAGCAUCGUGGGCAUCACCCGCGACACCAUGUCGACCAUGCAGGACUCGGCGGCGUUCACGAAUCCCAUGUUCCGCCUGCUGCCAGAGACCAAGUCCGCUGAUGACAGCGACGACGAGAGAAUCAAGAACGAUGCGGGAGGCAAGAGCCGGGCACAGCAGGACCCAGGCAAGCUCGUAGCGCAGGCCAAGACGAUGGAUGAGGUCCGGGAGAUCAUUGCGGUUGCCACGGCAGCCAAGUUCUCGGCCUUCCUGGACAUCGAGGUGCCCGUGGACAUCCCCAUCGUUCAGCUCGCGCUCGACUCGCUCGUGUCCAUCGAGCUCAAGAACUGGAUGUCGCGGACGUUCCAGGCCCCCGUCCAGGCCUCUGAGAUCGCGGGCGCUCUCAGCAUCAACGCCCUCGCGAGCCUCCUGGCAGAUCGGUCAAGGUGCGUCAGUGACGAAGUGCGCGCUGGUGCUGGCAGUGCCGAGGCAUCGCAGCCACCACAGGCGAGCAAGAAAGCAAAAGGCUGGCACGGCUACGAGUGCUGCAAGCACUGCAAGGUCCUGCCCAAACCACCACUGCCAGACCUCGACGAUAUCCUCGACUACACUCUCGCCAACACCGGGCACUUCUUCGCGCCCGGUGCCGAGCGCGACGCGUUCGUCCAAGCCCUCGACGAGAUGCGCCAGCCCGACAGCAUCGGCCGGCAGGUCCACGCGGGCCUGCGCGCGCGCCGCGACGACCCAGAGGUCGACAGCUGGUCGGCCGAGCUGCUCGCCGACGCGCUGUACCUGCAGCGCCGGGAGCCACUGGCGCCGUUCUCGAGCUUCGUCGGGUGCAACGCCGACGGCGGCAGGGGGGAGCAGACGCACACGCAGGCGACGCGCGCGGCGCUGCUCACGACGGCCCUGAUGGACUUUAGGACCGCGACGGUCCGGCACGAGGUCGAGCCGCAGUGGUUCUUUGGGAAGCCCUCGUGCAACUCACAGCUGCGCUGGCUGUUUGAUGCCUGUCGCGAGCCUGCAGUCGGGAAGGACGUGAUGCGGCUGUACGAGGACUCGAGGCAUGUGGCGGUGCUGAGCAAGGGGCGGCUGUUCAAGGUGAUGCUUGUCGGCGAGGAUGGCGAGAUGGUGUCCUUUGACAGGCUGAGGGCGACCUACGAUGCGAUUGUCAACACGACCAGGGGUGGGCAUGAUGAGUGGACGGGCAUCUUGACUUCUGAUCAGAGGGAUAGUUGGGCGGAGAUCCGCAAAGCCUGCAUGGCCCACAGCGCCGCCAAUGCAGAAUAUAUUCAGACAGUCGAGACGGCCAUCUUCCUGCUGUGCCUCGACGAGGGCUCGCCAGACACGGAUCCGGAGCAGGUUCGCCAGGCGUGGUUCGGCGAUGGCUUCAACCGCUGGAGCGACAAGACGAACCAGGUCAUCGUGUCGGCCAACGGUAAAUCCAGCGUCAUCCUCGAGCACGGCAUGCUCGACGGCAUGACCUCGUGGCGCUUCUCCGAGAGGAUCCAGCAGGCCAUCAACAGCGCUCCAUCGCAGCUUGUCACCAGUGAUUCUAGCGUUGGUGAUGAUGGUGCUACUGCUGCUGCUUCCAAGCAACACGAUAUCCAUCUCGAGGAGUUUGUCUUCACGCCCACUCCAGAUUUGGACAGCCACAUGCUUCUGCUCCGCGAGCGGUACCUCGCUGCGACAUCCCGCGCCGACUACGGCAACCACGUCGUCGACGCGUUCGGCACCGAGGACCUGAUGGCGUGGAACAUGCCCAUCAAGUCCGUCCUCGACGCCACGGUGCAGCUCGCGCUGCGCCUGCACUACGGGCAGAACGUCCAGGUGUGGGAGGGCGUCUCCAUGGCAGGCUUCCACAAGGGCCGCAGCGACCUACUGCAAGUCACCACCUCCUCCGCCGUCGACUUCUGCACGAUGGUGCUCGACGGCGAUCCCACCGGCAGGACGUACACGCGGGAAGAGAAGCGCGGCGCCCUGCUCAACCUGGGCCGUGAGUUCAGCGCCCACCUGCAGCGCUGCCUUUCGGGGCGGUCGCACCUGCGGCUUCUCGAGAUGAUGCGCGACCAGUGGCCGAAGGACCAGCCGAAAGCGAAGCUCUUCGAGACCAACAUGUUCUGGACGUCGCCCUUUAUCAUCAUGCAGCACGUUCCCCAGGGCGUGGCGUGCGCAAACAUGACGCACGGCGUCCAGAAGGACGGGUGCUUCUUCUUGAGCGUCAGCCCGAGCGACCACAGGUGA